AAUGCGGUUAUUAGCGGAAACUCAGAUAAAUCUUGAGUUGCAUGUAGAGGGCAACACUAGCCAUAAAGAAAACUUGUUUUAUUUGUGGUUUGUGUUGCCCCGUUCAUGCAUAGUAUUAACUACAGCUCCCCUUCUAGUCGGGAGAGCAUCAUUACUUUCUAAUAGGGAAGUAGUUGAACCGGUCACUUUGUGAUGUUUGUUCCAGCUGCAUGUCACCAUCUUCUGCAGGAGGCGACCCGUGGCGUAGCACCUGGUGACGUAACACCUGGCCGCGUGCUGAUGCUGCUGGGAGUUGAACUCAAAAGUUCAACCGGCUCCGCGUCGACUGAAUAACCGCGUUUAGACUCUCUCUACAGGGAUGCCACAACACAACGGAUGAGUUCAUGGAUUGGGUCCUCCACCCUGCUGUGAGGUCUCAACUGGAUGAUGUUAUUAACGGAACGACAAAAGAUCUUGUGUAUCCGUUCUGCACACAUAGCCCUCCAUCAAAUCCACGGGGUGAGAGAGUACGCUGGGGCCGUCCCUCCCCGAGGGGACCGGGCUCCCACCAUGGACCUGAAGGAGAGCUGCGGCAGCGAGGGCAGCGGCGAGAGCUCCAGCCUGCAGCCCACCUCCUGGCAGGCCUUCGCCCACAGCAGCACGCUGCACGGCCUGCGCUUCCUCUUCCCCUACGGCCGGCCCGGGGCCCGGCGGCUGCUCUGGGGCGCCGCCCUGCUGGCCUGCCUGGGGCUGCUGGCGCUGGAGAGCGCCGAGAGGCUGGCCUACUUCCUCUCGUACCCGCACGUCACCAGCGUGGACGCGGUGGUGUCGGGCAGCCUGGUGUUCCCCGCCGUCACCGUGUGCAACCUCAACGCCUACCGCUUCACCCGGCUGACGCGCAACGACCUGUACCACGCCGGGGAGCUGCUGGCCCUGCUCGACGUGCACCUGGACAUCCCCCAGCCCCAGCUGGCGGAGCCCGAGGUGCUGGCCUUCCUCCAGGAGAGGGCCAACUUCACGGCGUACCGGCCCAAGACCUUCAGCAUGAAGGAGUUCUCGGAGCGGGUGGGCCACGACCUCAAGGAGAUGAUGCUGUACUGCCGCUACCAGGGACAGGAGUGCGGCCCCCGGGACUUCAAAACCGUGUUCACCAGGUAUGGGAAGUGCUACAUGUUCAACGCGGUGGAGGAGGGGAAGAGCCUCCGGACCACCAUGAAGGGGGGCACGGGGAACGGCCUGGAGAUCAUGCUGGACAUCCAGCAAGACGAGUACCUGCCGGUGUGGGGGGACACAGGUAGGAGACCACCUCUAUACACACUAGUACCGACCAGGGGCUGGUUCUGUCCGGAGGAGUCCGCACACGACCGAGAGGAGUCCAGCCGGAGGAGUCCGCACACGACCGAGAGGAGUCCAGCCGGAGGAGUCCGCACACGACCGAGAGGAGUCCAGCCGGAGGAGUCCGCACACGACCGAGAGGAGUCCAGCCGGAGGAGUCCGCACACGACCGAGAGGAGUCCAGCCGGAGGAGUCCGCACACGACCGAGAGGAGUCCAGCCGGAGGAGUCCGCACACGACCGAGAGGAGUCCAGCCGGAGGAGUCCGCACACGACCGAGAGGAGUCCAGCCGGAGGAGUCCGCACACGACCGAGAGGAGUCCAGCCGGAGGAGUCCGCACACGACCGAGAAGAGUCCAGCCGGAGGAUGAGUAAGAGAGAGAGAGAGAGAGAGAGAGAGAGAGAGAGAGAGAGAGCUACAGAGUGCGGGUCUGUUUCCUCACCCGGGGGGCGUGUGCUCUCUCGUCUGCAGCUGACCUACUUGCCUCCCCCGUGGGGAGAGUGUGAAUCCAAGGCCCUGGAGUCGGGCUACUUCCCGGCGUACAGCGUCACUGCCUGCAGGAUCGACUGCGAGACCCGCUACAUCGUGGAGAACUGCAACUGCAGGAUGGUCCACAUGCCAGGAGACGCCAGUUACUGCACACCGGAGCAGUAUAAAGACUGCGCUGAACCGGCCCUCGCCAAGCUGUCUGCGUCAGAGAGCGGUAACUGCAUGUGUCGGACGCCGUGCAACAUGACGCGUUACAACAAGGAGCUGUCCAUGGUGAAGAUCCCCAGCAAGACCUCCGCCCGCUACCUGGAGAAGAGGUUCAACAAGUCUGAGAAGUACAUCACGGACAACAUCCUGGUUCUGGACGUGUUCUUCGAGGCUCUGAACUACGAGACCAUCGAGCAGAAGAAGGCUUAUGAGGUCGCUGGCUUACUAGGGGACAUCGGGGGUCAGAUGGGGCUGUUCAUCGGCGCCAGCAUCCUCACCAUCCUGGAGCUCUUUGACUACGCUUACGAGGUGCUGAAGGACAGGCUAAUGGACUUGCUGGGCAGCGAUGAGGAGGACGAGAAUCAUGCAGAAGAUGUGAGUUCCUGCGACCCCCUACCAAACCACUCGGAGUCCAUCAGCCACACGGUGAGCGUGCCCCUGCAGACCACCCUGGCCACCCUGGAGGAGAUCGCCUGCUGAGGGGUCGCGACCGGGGGGUGGUGCCACCGCCGCCGACGGCGGAGGAGGAGGAG